AUGAGGACGGCGGCGCUGCGGCGCUGCCUGGCUCCGGCGCUGCCCGCCGCGCUGCCGCCGAGCCGCCGGCUGUGCGGGCGGCAGCCGAGGGGCGGCGGAGCGGCGGCGGCGGCGCGCAAAAUCACGGAGAAUGCAAAGAAAUCCUUGGCCUCUCUUAAGAGAGAAAACCCUCGGCUUGAGCCAACGCUUGCCAUUAUUCAGGCACAUAAUGAUCAUUUGAUUCAAGAAAUAAACAAGAACUUUGCCAAAGAGGUUGGUCUACGUGUUAUUCACGUCUGUCUCCCUGAAGGCAGCAGCAAGGAUGAGAUUGUCAAUGAAAUCUUGAGACUUAAUGAGGAUCCUAAUGUGCAGGGCCUUGCCCUUGACCUCCCAGAAAGCUUAUAUAGCAGUAAGGUAUUAAAUGCUGUGAAACCAGAGAAGGAUGUGGAUGGAUUAUCCGAUGUAAACCUAGGACGCUUGGUACGUGGCGAUGCUUAUGACUGUCUAGUUCCUCCUACAGCGUGUGCUGUGAUGGAGCUUCUUGAAGAUUUAGGUGGAAAGACGGUGCUGCUGGUGGGAGCCGGCGGGGCGGUGGGCACCGCCUUGCAGUGCAUGCUGCAGAGGGAGGGAGCAGCGACCCUCAGCUGCCAGUGGAGAGCCCCUCAGCUGAAAACCCAGCUUCAUCAUGUGGAUGUGGUGGUUGUUGGCAGUGCAAAACCCAAUGAUGUUCCUGUGAGCUGGAUAAAGCCUGGAACCACCAUUAUCAGUUGUUCUCAUGACUUGCUGUCAGAGAAACGCAACUGUGGUCAGCAAAACAACCAUGCUGCUGAAAACGCUGUUGGUUCUCUUGCAAUAGCAAUGCGCAUGCAGAACAUGGUAAAAAACACGGAGCGUUGGAUCCAGUCCCGGCAGUACAGGAAGUGGGACCUCCGCUGCUUGAAACUGCAGCCCUUCUCCCCAGUGCCCAGUGAUAUUGAGAUUUCCCGAGCACAAAGUCCAAAAGCUGUUGAUGUACUUGCCAAGGAGAUAGGAUUGCUUACAGAUGAAAUUGAGAUCUAUGGCCAAACCAAAGCCAAAGUACGUUUGUCUCUGCUGGAAAGGUUAAAGGAUCAACCAGAUGGAAAAUAUGUUCUAGUUGCUGGAAUAACCCCUACACCUCUAGGAGAGGGGAAAAGCACAGUCACAAUUGGUCUCGUUCAGGCGCUUACUGCACACCUUAACAUUAAUUCCUUUGCUUGUCUGAGACAACCUUCCCAAGGACCUACUUUUGGAGUUAAAGGUGGAGCAGCUGGUGGUGGAUAUGCUCAAGUGAUUCCCAUGGAGGAGUUCAAUCUUCAUUUGACUGGAGAUAUUCAUGCUAUAACUGCUGCGAAUAAUUUGCUGGCUGCUGCUAUUGAUGCUAGGAUCUUACAUGAGAACACUCAGUCUGAUAAGGCUUUGUAUAAUAGACUGGUUCCAGUCGUUAAUGGUGUGAGAGGAUUUUCUGCUAUUCAGCUUGCCCGUCUGAGAAGGCUGGGAAUAAACAAGACUGAUCCUGGGACUUUAACAGACGAGGAGAUCAGCAAAUUUGUGCGCCUUGAUAUUGACCCGUCUACCAUAACAUGGCAAAGAGUGGUGGAUACAAAUGACAGAUUCCUACGCAAAAUAACGGUUGGGCAGGCAAAUACAGAGAAAGGAUUUGUCCGUCAGGCUCAGUUUGAUAUUGCUGUUGCAAGUGAAAUUAUGGCCAUCCUGGCACUUACCACCAGCCUGCAAGACAUGAAGGAGAGGCUGGGGAAAAUGGUGGUGGCUAAUGACAAGAAAGGAGAACCAGUAACAGCAGAGGAUUUGGGAGUAACAGGUGCUUUGGCAGUUUUGAUGAAAGAUGCAAUUAAGCCCACACUAAUGCAGACAUUAGAGGGAACACCAGUAUUUGUUCACGCUGGACCUUUUGCUAACAUUGCACAUGGAAAUUCUUCUGUUUUGGCAGAUAAAAUUGCCCUUAAAUUAGUUGGAGAGAAAGGAUUUGUAGUAACUGAAGCUGGCUUUGGUGCUGACAUUGGGAUGGAGAAAUUCUUCAACAUCAAAUGCAGAGCCUCUGGCUUGGUUCCUAGUGUGGUUGUACUUGUUGCUACAGUGAGGGCUUUGAAGAUGCAUGGAGGUGGGCCAAAUGUAACUGCUGGUGCCCCCUUGAAGAAAGAAUACACAGAAGAGAACCUCCAGCUGGUAGCUGAUGGCUGCUGUAAUCUACAGAAGCAGAUUCAAAUUACUCAGCUCUUUGGAGUUCCUGUUGUGGUUGCUCUAAACGUCUUCAGAACUGACUCUCCUGCUGAGGUUGAUCUGGUGUGUAAGAUUGCAAAGCAAUCUGGAGCAUUUGAUGCUGUACCCUGCAAUCACUGGUCGGCUGGUGGUAGAGGAGCAGUAAAAUUAGCUCAAGCUGUGGAAAAGGCAGCCAAUCAGAAAAACAGUUUCAAAUAUCUCUACAGCUUGGAGCUUCCUAUUGUUGAAAAAAUAAGGAUCAUUGCUCAGAAGGUGUAUGGAGCUCAGGAUAUAGAGUUGUCUCCUGCUGCGCAGUCACAAGUUGAUCGUUACACCCGGCAGGGAUUUGGAAAUCUUCCCAUUUGUAUGGCAAAAACUCACCUAUCCCUCUCCCAUCAGCCUGAGAGGAAGGGCGUUCCCACUGGUUUCAUUUUGCCGAUUACUGAUGUACGAGCCAGUAUUGGAGCUGGAUUCAUCUACCCUUUGGUAGGAACGAUGAGCACCAUGCCAGGACUGCCCACAAGGCCGUGCUUCUAUGACAUUGACCUCGACCCUGCCACAGAGCAAGUGAAAGGAUUGUUUUGAAAGUGAUGUCCAGAUUCAGAAGCCUGGAAAUUAAGAACUGCAAC